AUGGCUGUUAGUCUAGAUAUAUUAUUCCCCAAUACUACGCCAUGGACCUCGGGCCAUCGCAAACACGGGCAUCUUCCUAUCUUCGAGAGCGGUCAAGGCGUCAAAGGGACAGUUGUUGUUUCGUCAAAAGACCAGAGAGCUCCGGUAUUUGGCAUAGUGAAAAUAGCCUUAGAAGGCUUCAUCGCAGGAACCCUAUUCAACCAUGUCGACCUUGUGGGGGAAUCCCCGACAAUGCUUUAUCACACAUACAUUAUUAACUUGAAUGCCACCUAUCUAGAGCAGCAGAUUAUCAGCGACGUAGAUCAAUGCUAUCACUUCCGAUUUCUAGUGCCUAAUAGUCUAACAGGCGCCGUGUCGAACAAAUACGGCCAGCAAAUCCCCUCAUCGCUGCAUAUCAGUUUCUCGCCAGCGAGUCAUCGGACUGCGGUCUCAUGUUCUAAGGGAACCUGCAAUAUUGACUAUCGAAUACGCGCGCAGUUCCUAAUUGAAGGGCACUGCGUGGUGGAAACGACUCGGCCGUUCACAUUGUGGGCUUCGCAGGGACGGCAACCACCAGUUUGUACCGAAGACUUCCCCGGAGAAUACCAACUUUCUGCCUUGAAGACUUUCCGUAGUCCGUUACUCCAACCGGCUGGGAAACUUCACGUUUAUAGCCACGAGCCACUGCCUCUUGAAUUUUCGCCGGAGAAAGAGGGCGCUGCGACAUCAGUACGAUUGCGGCUUCGAUACGGAUCGCCGAAGAACGGCGGCGCCAUGCGAAUACCUCCGCCGCGGUUCUAUGGCAUCGUUCGCUCGAAUCUUAAGGCCAGCACAUUUAUCUCUAUUCAACCACAACGACGAUCACCAGCGACGUGUGAUGCUGCCGCCUUUCCGUUCACCUUCGAAACGCGCAAGUCCUACCCAAGCCAGCUGAGGAAGAUUUGCUUUCCUCGUUGGACACUAUCAGAAAUGGGUACUGAGAGUAUCUGGGAGAGUGAGGCAGAAAUGACAUUCAAGUGCCACAAUCCUGCAUAUCUAACACCAUCAUUUUCUUCCAUGCUUGUCUCCAGAAGAUAUAGUCUGAAAAUAUAUAUGGUUAUUUCCGGGCACGGCCACGCUGCGGUUAAGCUGGAGCUCCCAAUCCAGGUAGUCUACACAGGCAGGAGGUUUCUACCGUCGCAAGGAAUCAUGCAUACUGGUGACCCUGCAGAGGAUACGCCACCAGCAUAUAGUCCAUAA